GUGUGCUGUGUGACUGAGCUGUUUUGGCCGGCUAGGUGGAUAUAUUCCUUCGGGUUCUGCCCUUUGAAGCUGACAAGAUCAUUGAGUAAAGUGAAUAUCAUACAACAUGUCUCGAAGAUAUGAUUCCAGAACUACCAUUUUCUCCCCAGAGGGUCGAUUGUACCAGGUAGAAUAUGCCAUGGAAGCUAUUGGCCAUGCAGGCACAUGUCUGGGGAUUUUGGCCAAUGAUGGGGUUUUGCUAGCUGCAGAAAGACGCAAUAUACACAAACUUCUGGAUGAUGUGUUUUUCUCUGAGAAAAUAUAUAAACUAAAUGAUGAUAUGGCAUGCAGUGUGGCAGGAAUAACCUCAGAUGCCAAUGUUCUAACAAAUGAGCUGCGCCUUAUUGCUCAAAGGUAUUUACUGCAGUAUCAGGAGCCAAUCCCCUGUGAACAGCUGGUCACAGCACUCUGUGAUAUAAAACAAGCGUAUACACAGUUUGGAGGAAAACGCCCAUUUGGCGUGUCACUUCUUUACAUUGGUUGGGACAAGCACUAUGGCUUUCAGCUUUACCAGAGUGACCCAAGUGGGAAUUAUGGAGGCUGGAAAGCUACAUGUAUUGGCAAUAACAGUGCGGCAGCUGUGUCUAUGUUAAAACAAGACUACAAGGAAGGAGGAAUGACGUUGAAAUCCGCUCUUGCUUUAGCUGUUAAGGUCCUCAACAAGACCAUGGAUGUUAGCAAAUUGUCUGCGGAAAAAGUUGAGCUUGCUACACUAACACGAGAAAAUGGAAAGACAAAAAUAAGGGUUCUGCAACAGAAAGAAGUUGAAGAGCUGAUAAAACUUCAUGAAGAGGAAGAAGCGAAGAUUGAGCGGGAGAAGAAAGACAAGGAGCAGAAAGAAAAAGAUAAAUAAGGAACCAAUCUCCAAAAAUAAAAGAGCCAGUUCAUUUUCCUGUAUAUUUUCCCCUUACAAGAAUGUCAUUGAUUUACUCAGAGUUGCUUGGUUCAUCUUGUUUAAAGCCAUAAAAUAAACCCAACUUUUU